AUGGAGAGCUCUGGCAAGAUGGAGAGCGGAGCCGGCCAGCAGCCGCAGCCCCCGCAGCCCUUCCUGCCGCCUGCAGCCUGCUUCUUUGCUACGGCGGCGGCGGCGGCGGCCGCAGCAGCAGCAGCGCAGAGCGCGCAGCAGCAGCAGCAGCAGCAGCAGCCGCAGCCGCAGCCGCAGCCGCAGCCGCAGCAGGCGCCGCAGCUGAGCCCGGUGGCCGACGGCCAGCCCUCAGGGGGCGGUCACAAGUCAGCGGCCAAGCAGGUCAAGCGCCAGCGCUCGUCCUCUCCGGAACUGAUGCGCUGUAAACGCCGACUCAACUUCAGCGGGUUCGGCUACAGCCUGCCGCAGCAGCAGCCGGCCGCCGUGGCGCGCCGCAACGAGCGCGAGCGUAACCGGGUCAAGUUGGUCAACCUGGGCUUUGCUACCCUCCGGGAGCACGUGCCCAACGGCGCGGCCAACAAGAAGAUGAGCAAGGUGGAAACGCUGCGCUCGGCCGUCGAGUACAUCCGCGCUCUGCAGCAGCUGCUGGACGAACACGACGCGGUGAGCGCCGCCUUCCAGGCGGGCGUCCUGUCGCCCACCAUCUCCCCCAACUACUCCAACGACAUGAACUCUAUGGCGGGUUCUCCGGUCUCGUCCUACUCCUCCGACGAGGGAUCCUACGACCCUCUCAGCCCAGAGGAACAGGAGCUGCUGGACUUCACCAACUGGUUCUGAGGGUCUGUCCGGCCCACUGGGAAUGGACUUUCGAAGUAGGGUGACAGCAAACCUUGGUCUUUACUGUUUCUCGCCACGGACAUUGAGAAGGAGGAAGAAAAGAAAAAGAAAGAAAACAAGCAAGCCAGACGGCCCACCUCCGGGGGCAACUCGACUGAGAUGCCAUGUUCUCAGCAAACGGGGGGGGGGGGCGGGCUCCACACAGUGUCUUUGCACUCCAAACAUUCUCAUACACGCGAGAAGAGUGACUGGGACCUGAACCCAAGCCCAAGUCACAGCUGGUGUGCAAAAGCAGUGAGUUCCUUUCCUAAAGCAAGAGAGAGCUACAAGCACCCUGUAGUGACUCCCAGCCAACCACUAACAGGCAGGGUCGAAAGCACUCGCCAGUGCCUUCACCUCCCCGCCCG